GCGGCGGGCUCCGGCCGCGGUCGCCGCUUUGCAGCAGGAAGUGCUGCGGGCGGGAGGGGACCCGGGCGAGGGUGAGAGGAGGCUGGGCGCGCUGCGAGCUCCGCGGCCGGCCCAUGCAGGGCGGGGGCCAGGGGCAGGGCCGGGCGCCCUGCCUCGCCCUGCAGCCCGGCCGGCGGGGAGGGAUGCGCUGUGCGCCCAGCUCCCCUCCGCCCAGCCCAUGCCCUGAAGCACAAAGUUUGAGGGCUGGGGGCUACCUUCCCCCUCCCUCACAAUGACUGCCCAAGGACUCCUGCUGCCCAGCCUCGACUGUGACCUGCCUUCGCUCCCCAGAUCGGAAUCAGCUAUUCCAAGGCUCUCCCUCAACCUCCUUUAAAAAAAAAUUUUUUUUUAAAAUAUAAGAAAUUGUGAUCUGCCGAUUCCUUUCCUUAAUAAUUUAGACCCCAGGCCUCAUUUCUGAGCGUGCGAGGGGGUGCGGUCUCCCCCAAGACGGCGCCCUGGAAGGACAGAGUCCCCUUGCAGACCCACAUACACCAUGAAGAGGUGCAAAUCGGACGAGCUGCAGCAGCAGCCGGGCGAGGAGGAUGGAGCUGGGCUGGAGGAUGCAGCUUGCCACCUGCCUGGCGCGGACCUCCGGCCCGGGGAGGCCGCGGGUGCUAACUCCGCGGGCGGGCCAACUUCAGAUGCGAUCGCUGGGGCGGCACCCAACCCGGGUUCCCGAAGCAAGCCUCCUGAUUUAAAGAAAAUCCAGCAGCUCUCAGAGGGCUCCAUGUUUGGCCACGGCCUGAAGCACCUGUUCCACAGCCGCCGCCGGUCGCGGGAGAGGGAGCACCAGGCGUCUCAGGAUUCCCAGCAGCAGCAGGGCAUGUCUGACCAUGACUCUCCGGACGAGAAGGAGCGCUCCCCCGAGAUGCACCGUGUCUCCUAUGCCAUGUCCCUGCACGACUUGCCCGCCCGGCCCACUGCCUUCAACCGCGUGCUGCAACAGAUCCGCUCCCGGCCCUCCAUCAAGCGGGGUGCCAGCCUGCACAGCAGCACUGGGGCCGGCGGGGGCAGCAGCCGGCGCACCAAGAGCAGUUCCCUGGAGCCCCAGCGCGGCAGCCCCCACCUGCUGCGCAAGACCCCCCAGGACAGCAGCCUGGCUGCCAUCCUGCACCAGCACCAGUGCCGUCCCCGCUCCUCCUCUACCACUGACACCGCCCUGCUGCUGGCCGAUGGUGGCAACGUGUACCUCCUGGCCGAGGAGGCUGAGGGCAUCGGGGACAAGGGUGACAAGGGAGACCUCAUGGCCCUGAACCUCCCCUCUGGCACCGGCCACGGUGAUGCUGAUGGCCCCGUCAGCCUGGAUGUGCCCGAUGGGGCACCAGACCCCCAGCGGACCAAGGCUGCCAUCGACCACCUGCACCAGAAGAUCCUGAAGAUCACAGAGCAGAUCAAGAUCGAGCAGGAGGCACGGGACGACAACGUGGCGGAGUACCUGAAGCUGGCCAACAACGCAGAUAAGCAGCAGGUGUCGCGCAUCAAGCAGGUGUUCGAGAAGAAGAACCAGAAGUCUGCCCAGACCAUCGCACAGCUGCACAAGAAGCUGGAGCACUACCGCCGGCGCCUGAAGGAGAUCGAGCAGAACGGGCCCUCGAGGCAGCCCAAGGACGUGCUGCGGGACAUGCAGCAGGGCCUCAAGGACGUGGGCGCCAACAUGCGCGCAGGCAUCAGCGGCUUCGGCGGUGGCGUCGUGGAGGGCGUCAAGGGCAGUCUGUCCGGCCUGUCACAGGCCACCCACACCGCCGUGGUGUCCAAGCCCCGGGAGUUCGCCAGCCUCAUCCGCAACAAGUUUGGCAGUGCCGAUAACAUCGCUCACCUGAAGGACCCCCUGGAAGACGGGGCCCCCGAGGAGGCGGCCCGGGCGCUGAGCGGCAGCGCCACGCUCGUGUCCAGUCCCAAGUACGGCAGCGAUGACGAGUGCUCCAGUGCCAGCGCCAGCUCGGCCGGGGCUGGCAGCAAUUCUGGGGCUGGGCCCGCGGGUGCUCUGGGGAGCCCCAAGUCUAACACGCUGUACAGCGCCCCUGGAAACCUGGACACUCUGCUGGAGGAACUGCGGGAGAUCAAGGAGGGACAGUCACACCUAGAGGACUCCAUGGAGGACCUGAAGACGCAGCUGCAGCGGGACUACACGUACAUGACACAGUGCCUGCAGGAGGAGCGCUACAGGUAUGAGCGGCUGGAGGAGCAGCUGAAUGACCUGACCGAGCUUCACCAAAACGAGAUGACCAACCUGAAGCAGGAGCUGGCCAGCAUGGAGGAGAAGGUGGCCUACCAGUCCUAUGAGAGAGCGCGGGACAUCCAGGAGGCUGUGGAGUCCUGCCUAACCCGAGUCACCAAGCUAGAGCUGCAGCAGCAACAGCAGCAGGUGGUGCAGCUGGAGGGCGUGGAGAAUGCCAACGCGCGGGCCCUACUGGGCAAGUUCAUCAACGUGAUCCUGGCACUCAUGGCCGUGCUGCUGGUGUUCGUGUCCACCAUCGCCAACUUCAUCACGCCCCUCAUGAAGACGCGCCUGCGCAUCACCAGCACCGCCCUCCUGGUCCUCGUCCUCUUCCUGCUCUGGAAGCACUGGGAUUCCCUCACCUACCUCCUGGAGCACGUGUUGCUGCCCAGCUGAGUGGCCAGCCUGCCCUGCCCCGUGCUCCCUGGCCCCCUGAUGGCCACACUUCUCCAGGAGGGACCCUGGGACUCCAGAGUCUCUUGGACUUCUUCAUGUGUCCGGUUUGGCCUCCUGCCCAAGCUGUCCAUUCCAGCUGUGCCCGUCCCUGUUCCUGCUUCCGUCUGACACCUUUUCUUUGUGGCCGAAUAGAGCAGAGGACACCAGGACUGGGUUGUUCUGAUUAUUUACAGGACUUCUCCCAGCUGACCUCAGGAUGUCCCAGGUCAAGAAGGCCGCUAAUACAAUAGAAAGCCAGGUCUCUGCCUCAGCUUCUGGCGGAGCCUACCCUGGAGGCAGCCAUGGCCUCCCGUGGAGACAGGAAGAAGGCUAGUGAGGGAGAGGUCGUGCUGGCCACAGAGAGCACAGGAAGGAGCAGAUUCUCAGCCUCCAGACACGUCCAGGGCUGGAGAGCACGCUCCAACCAGCUCUUCAGAGAGCAGCCCAUCCCCACUCCUCUUUCCACGGAGCUGGUUGGCGCCCCGCUGCUGGGGCUGGGCUCUGUGGUGGUCUGAAGGUUGCAGACUUGGAGGCUGGGUGUGGCUUUUUACUUGUGUUUUCCCUGCUAGUCUGUGCCUGACCGGCACUGGAUCUUCUGUUUUCAGGGAAAAGGCCCCGGGGGCUCCAAGCCUUGUCCCAAGCCCUUCUGCCUACGGGCGCACGAUGGAUCCUAUUUAUUUAUUUAUUUGUCCCUUCUGCCCUUGCCCUUCCUGAGCUGGAGGGAGAGGACCUGCCUGGUCUUUGCUCUGAAGCCAGGGCUUGCCCUUGGCUCCUCAGGUACUUCCAUCCUGUGUAGCCUCUGGAAUGUCCUGGCUGGGAGAAGUGGGGUGGAGCCCCCUGACCCCACUAUCCCGAGCAGCCCCACAGCUGAGUGGGAAGAGUGCGGCCCCUCUUUUAUAUGUCUAUUUAUUUUGUGUGUGUGUAUUUGUGGGGAGGAGGCCGUUGUUGUUUUCUUUUUUUAAGGCUCUGGAGUGUUGUGAUGGUUUCAGUUCACAUCCCGGCCUCCCCACAGGUACUUCCAAGCACAGAGGGCAUUUCUUGGAACGGGAGAGAGGAAUCCCCUGGAGCAGGGAAAGCAGUGCCUGCCAGCUGUGUGGACCUUCCUGAGAAAUAAAUAGCCUCUAAAUUUUCAAACCA